CAGUGUUUGAGCAGUAUCAGAAAGCCAGAACGCAGUUUGUGCAGACUAUUGCAGAGCUUGCUACAAGGCCUCAGAACAUCGAAACUCUGCAAAAUGCAGGUGUAAUGUCCCUGCUGAGGCCUCUUCUGUUGGAUGUAGUCCCAACUAUUCAGCAGACAGCAGCUCUGGCGCUUGGACGGCUUGCCAACUACAACGAUGACCUGGCAGAGGCAGUUGUUAAAGGAGACAUUCUUCCACAGCUUGUGUACUCCUUGGCUGAACAGAAUUCCACAGAACUGUCACAGGCCGUUGUUGAUGCAGGAGCAGUUCCGCUUUUAGUUCUCUGUGUCCAAGAGCCGGAAGUUGCUUUGAAAAGGAUCGCUGCCUCAGCCCUAAGUGACAUUUCAAAACAUUCUCCAGAGCUGGCCCAGACUGUUGUGGAUGCUGGGGCGAUUGCUCAUUUAGCCCAGAUGAUUCUCAAUCCAGAUGCCAAGCUGAAGCGUCAGGUGUUUUCAGCUCUCAGUCAGAUUUCGAAGCACUCGGUGGAUCUGGCAGAGAUGGUGGUUGAGGCGGAAAUCUUUCCUGCUGUGCUUACAUGCCUGAAGGAUCCUGAUGAGUAUGUGAAGAAGAACGUUGCGACACUGAUGCGGGAGAUCGCUAAACACACCCCAGAGCUCUCCCAGCUGAUUGUCAAUGCAGGAGGAGUGGCUGCGGCCAUUGAUUAUAUUGGCGAUUGUCUGGGUAGCGUCCGUCUUCCAGGUAUCAUGAUGCUUGGGUAUGUGGCGGCUCACUCUGAGAACCUGGCCAUGGCUGUGAUCGUGUCCAAGGGGGUGCCACAGUUGGCUAUCUGUCUGACAGAGGAACCAGAGGACCACAUUAAAGCAGCGACAGCCUGGGCCUUCGGGCAGAUUGGGAGACACACUCCUGAGCACGCACGGGCUGUUGCUGUAGCCAAUGUGUUGCCAAAGCUGCUUUCACUGUAUAUGGAGACGGACAGCUCUGAGGACCUCCAGGUGAAGGCGAAAAAGGCACUGAAGAGCAUCCUGCAGAAAUGCACUCAUCUGCCAGCACUGGAGCCUCUGUUGCAUGACGCCUCUCCAAAUAUUCUCAAGCAUGUCGUCGGCCAGUUCAGCAAGGUACUUCCUCACGACAGUAAAGCCAGACGACUUUUUGUCACAAGUGGCGGCUUGAAGAAAAUUCAGGAGAUAAAAGCUGAACCUGGAUCAGCUCUUCAGGAAUAUAUCAACUCCAUAAACAAUUGUUAUCCAGAAGAAAUAGUCAGGUAUUAUUCCCCUGGAUAUUCAGAGACUCUUCUGGAAAGGGUGGAAAAUUACCAACCUGUUAUGUAAGAACUGUUUUAUGUCUGACUUCACUAAGAAUUUCUACUGAAAUAAACAAACUUAUCCAUCAGUCACCAGGAGUUAUUGUCUGUAACACACAGCAUAUGUUUAGUAGUUAUUAAAAUAAAGCAUACCAUUACACUC